AUGAAUGAGAUAAAGGAGACCCUACGGAACAUAAAGCAGAACUACAGGCUCUUCCAGCAGCAGCAGUUCACGUUCAUCACCGCACUGCAGCGCACCCGGGAGAACGCGCACGACCUGAUCAGACCCGUGGCCACCAUCAGACAGGUACAAUCCUACAUGGACCAUCACUGUAACAAUUCCACUGACCAGCGUAUCCUCAGCAUGUUCCUGAACAUCUGCAACGAGCUCAGCAAGCUCUGCCAGAGCCUGGAGACCCUGCAUCCCGGGAACAGUGUAACCAAUGACAUCCUGGAGAGAUGCAAGCUGCUCCUGAGCCCCAGCAACGACUUCAGUGCCAUCCGAGCCAAAUACCCCCACGAUGUUGUCAACCACCUGAGCUGCGACGAAGCUAAGAAUCAUUACGGAGGGGUGGUGAGCCUCAUCCCCAUCGUCCUGGACUGCAUGAAGGAGUGGGUCGCCCACACCGAGAAGCUGCCGCGGCACAUGCUGUAUAAUGCAAGUUAGCUCCUGUUCUUUGCCUCCUGCUGGAAGACACUCCUGAAUAAACCAUUUCCCCAUGCAAACCUGACUCAGUUUGCUAAAAUUGUGACAAUGUUUUUGCCUUAAGAUGACCAGACCUUGGCAACAAACAGCCAAAGAGAAGGGAGAAUUGAUACAGAAGA